CCCCGAAGCUUCUUUUCGGUCUUUCUAUGCCCCACGCUCCUUUCCCUUUCCUUCCCCGGGUGGCGCGUCAAGCGCAAGACUACCAAUGACCGACUUAUACCCUUCCUUGGCGCAAUGCGCCAUCGUUGCAACGGCGUUCAAAAUCCUUCUCUUCCCCGCAUACAAAUCAACCGACUUCGAGGUACACCGGAACUGGCUUGCAACCACACACUCAUUGCCCGUCAAGGAGUGGUACUACGAGAAAACAUCAGAAUGGACUCUCGACUACCCUCCGUUCUUCGCGGCAUUCGAAUGGAUACUCUCUCAAGCCGCACGCUAUGCGGAUCCUGCAAUGCUGGUCGUCAAUAAUCUUGGCUACGAUUCAUGGCAGACAAUCUACUUCCAGAGGGCCACGGUCAUCGUCACGGAGCUUGUCCUUCUCUUCGCAUUGGGCAGAUUUGUCAAGUCGGUUUCUCCGUCAAAUAAACACCUUGCGCAUAUUGCUAGCUUGUCCAUCUUCUUGUCCCCCGGCCUGCUUAUCAUCGAUCACAUUCACUUUCAGUACAAUGGGUUUCUUUACGGCAUUUUGAUUCUGUCAAUCGUUCUGGCACGGAAGCAGUCGACCCUUCUUUACAGCGGUAUCAGCUUCGCCGUUUUGCUGUGCCUGAAGCACAUUUAUCUAUACCUUUCAUUGGCAUACUUCGUCUACUUGCUGAGAGUUUACUGUCUGGAUCCGAAAUCGAUCUUCCGGCCUCGUUUCUUCAACAUAAUCAAGCUCGGCGUGUGCGUCGUUGGUGUGUUUGCGGUGGCUUUUGGACCGUUCGCCUCCUGGGGCCAGCUGCUUCAAUUAAAGGAUAGAUUGUUUCCUUUCUCCAGAGGUCUGUGCCACGCGUACUGGGCGCCCAAUGUAUGGGCGAUGUACUCGUUCGCCGACCGUGCUCUGAUUCCAUUUGCUCCGCGCUUGGGCCUUCCAGUCAACCACGACGCACUGACCAGUGUUACUCGGGGACUUGUCGGAGACACAUCGUUCGCGGUGCUCCAUGAAGUUACCAAAGAACACACGUUUGCGUUGACCUUCCUGUUUCAACUGCUUCCAUUGAUCAAACUCUGGCGCAACCCCGAAUGGGAAACAUUUGUUGGUGCCAUUACCCUGUGCGGAUACGCAUCCUUCUUGUUCGGCUGGCAUGUCCACGAGAAAGCCGUGCUCCUGAUCAUCAUCCCGUUCAGUCUCAUCGCGCUGAAAGACCGGCGGUACUUUAGCGCAUUUCGGCCUUUGGCCGUAGCCGGGCACGUCUCGCUAUUUCCGUUGCUCUUCACUGCCGCUGAGUUCCCAAUCAAGACGGUCUACACUAUUUUCUGGCUGGUGUUGUUCCUCUACGUAUUCGAUCAGGUGGCGCCUGUCUCGGAGCGGCGCCGGAUAUUUGUCGCCGACCGCUUUUCUUUGCUCUACCUGACGGUUGCCAUCCCACUGAUCGUAUACUGCUCGAUCGGUCAUCAGCUUAUCUUCGGACUUGAGCGGUACGAGUUCUUGCCUUUGAUGUUCAUGAGCAGUUAUACCGCUCUUGGGGUCGUGGGUAGUUGGGUUGGAUUUAUGGUGGUUUAUUUCACUGCAUAGAACUAGUAUAUAGAUAGACGAAAAGUCACCUUUCCAUAAAAAUUAAUUAAUCC